AGCUGCAAGGUUUGCCUGGAGGCUGUGGUUUUGAUCCUCUCUGGUACUCUUUGCUUCUCGCCAACACAACCAACGUAGAGCAAUGGCCGGCAAAGGAGAGGGUCCUGCUAUUGGCAUCGAUCUAGGAACCACGUACUCAUGCGUCGGAGUCUGGCAACAUGACCGUGUCGAGAUUAUUGCCAACGACCAGGGUAACCGGACUACGCCGUCUUACGUGGCAUUCACCGACUCAGAGCGUUUGAUCGGUGAUGCCGCCAAGAACCAAGUUGCCAUGAACCCUACGAACACCGUCUUUGAUGCGAAGAGGUUGAUUGGUCGUAGAUUCUCCGACGCAUCUGUUCAAAGUGACAUCAAGUUAUGGCCUUUUAAGAUCAUUUCUGGCGCUGCUGAAAAGCCAAUGAUCUCAGUCAACUACAAGGGUGAAGAGAAGCAAUUUGCUGCGGAAGAAAUAUCUUCAAUGGUUCUGAUGAAGAUGCGUGAGAUUGCUGAGGCCUACCUUGGCUCCGCAAUCAAGAACGCUGUGGUUACUGUCCCUGCUUACUUCAAUGACUCCCAGCGCCAAGCUACCAAGGAUGCUGGUGUCAUUGCCGGCCUUAAUGUCAUGAGAAUUAUCAAUGAGCCUACGGCUGCUGCCAUUGCUUAUGGGCUUGACAAGAAGGCAACAAGUGUUGGCGAGAAGAAUGUCUUGAUUUUUGAUCUGGGUGGUGGUACUUUUGAUGUUUCUUUACUCACUAUCGAAGAGGGUAUCUUUGAGGUGAAAGCCACAGCCGGGGACACUCAUCUCGGAGGUGAGGAUUUUGAUAACAGGAUGGUUAACCACUUUGUGCAGGAAUUCAAGAGAAAGAACAAGAAGGACAUCAGUGGCAACCCCAGAGCACUUAGGAGGCUGAGAACUGCAUGUGAGAGGGCUAAAAGAACACUAUCUUCCACUGCGCAGACCACCAUUGAAAUUGAUUCGCUGUAUGAGGGAAUUGAUUUCUAUGCCCCCAUCACUCGUGCCAGAUUCGAGGAGCUUAACAUGGAUCUCUUCAGAAAGUGCAUGGAACCAGUUGAGAAAUGUUUAAGGGACGCUAAGAUGGACAAGAGGAGUAUUCAUGAUGUGGUUCUUGUCGGUGGAUCCACAAGAAUUCCCAAAGUUCAGCAACUUCUCCAAGAUUUCUUUAAUGGGAAGGAGCUCUGCAAGAGCAUCAAUCCUGACGAGGCGGUUGCAUAUGGUGCUGCUGUCCAGGCUGCUAUCUUAAGUGGUGAAGGCAAUGAGAAGGUCCAGGAUCUUCUGCUCUUGGAUGUGACCCCUCUCUCACUUGGCUUGGAGACUGCCGGUGGGGUGAUGACUGUGUUGAUCCCCAGGAACACUACUAUCCCAACAAAGAAGGAGCAGGUUUUCUCAACCUAUUCUGACAACCAACCUGGUGUGUUGAUCCAAGUCUAUGAAGGUGAGAGGACUCGAACUCGGGAUAACAAUUUGUUGGGUAAGUUUGAACUGUCUGGCAUUCCUCCUGCUCCUAGAGGAGUCCCACAAAUUACAGUGUGCUUUGACAUUGAUGCCAAUGGUAUCCUAAAUGUUUCCGCUGAGGAUAAAACUACUGGCCAAAAGAACAAGAUCACCAUCACAAAUGAUAAGGGCAGAUUGUCAAAGGAAGAGAUUGAGAAGAUGGUUCAAGAAGCUGAGAAGUACAAAUCUGAGGAUGAGGAGCACAAGAAAAAGGUAGAAGCAAAGAAUGCGUUGGAAAACUAUGCAUACAACAUGAGGAACACCGUGAGGGAUGAGAAAAUUGCUGGAAAACUUGAUCCAGCUGACAAGAAAAAGAUCGAGGAUGCCAUUGAGCAAGCUAUCAAUUGGCUGGACAGCAACCAGCUUGCAGAGGCAGAUGAGUUUGAAGAUAAGAUGAAAGAGUUGGAAAGCAUAUGCAAUCCUAUCAUCGCCAAGAUGUACCAGGGUGGUGCUGCGCCUGACAUGGGUGCUGCUAUGGAUGACGAUGCGCCUCCUUCUGGCGCAGGUGGUGCUGGCCCCAAGAUUGAGGAAGUCGACUAAAU